GCGUCAAAGUCAGUGACGUUUCUGACGUUUGUAAAUGGCAACCACCCCGUUGUCAUUUACGAAUCGUUUAUAGAUUUUUUACAAAUAAAUUUAAUAAAAAUGAGUACGAAGACAGAAAAAGACAAGACGAAACAAUUACAGGACAAAUGUCAGUCGGUUCUGAACGGUCUCCUCCGGGACGAAGACAACAAAUAUUGCGUGGACUGCGACUCUAAAGGUCCGCGAUGGGCUUCCUGGAACAUCGGGGUGUUCCUCUGCAUACGCUGCGCGGGGAUCCACCGAAACCUAGGGGUCCACAUCUCCAAAGUAAAGUCGGUCAAUUUGGACACGUGGACCCCCGAACAGGUGGUUUCCCUCCAACAAAUGGGUAAUUCCCGCGCUAGGGCCGUAUACGAGGCGAACCUCCCCGACAAUUUCCGACGCCCCCAAAACGAUUCGAGCCUCGAAUCGUUCAUACGAGCAAAAUAUGAACACAAGAAGUACAUCGCGCGGGAAUGGGUGCCCCCAGCCUUACCCAAAGUCAACUGGGAGAAGGAAAUUGACGAAGAAAUCGAAAAACAGAAACGAAAAAAGAAAACAGUUGUUGAGAAAAAGCCCAUUACAAACGUCGAAGUGCCCCAAUUGCCCAAACCGAAGAACCCCAGCCCCAAACCAGGCCGUCUCUCGAACCCCUCCAAAGAAAACGACUUGCUAGGUCUCCAAAAUGGGGAGGAUUCCUUCACUGGGUUUCUAUCAGCACCUCCCGAAGAAACGAAGAAAGUGGAGGAAGACAAAGCUGCGAAAAGUGAAGAAGAGAGUUUCUUCAACCAGACGGCCCCCACAGAGAAGGAGAAAGUCAAAUUGACGAAAGACAGUAUUUUAGCACUUUAUAGUAACACGCCCAGCUUUAGCCAGUUGCCUUACCAGGGAAAUUACCCGGCGACUUUCGGGGGGUUCCCCCAGCAGCCUGUGGGGCAGUUUGCGCAAUGGGGGCAGUUCCCGGUGCAGGGGCAGGUCCCUGCCGCUGCUCCCGUGGCGCAGUUUCCGCCCGCUUUUCCUAAUCAAUUUCCGGCACAGUUCCAACAAGGGGUGAAUCCCCCAGCUGGUCAAACGCCCAAUCCGUUUUUCGCAAAUCAGAACGGUUUGCAACAACAGUUUGGCAAUUUGAGCUUAAAUAAUCAGCCAGCUGCCACCAAUAUAUGGCCGUGAAAUAACUUAAUAAAUAUUUAACUUAUGUCUCAGUUCUUUUCUCCUAUUUUGUUGCUCACUAUGUCUAGUGAUAUUAUUAUGGAAAGUGUCUAUUUUUUUAUUGUUUUUUUUUUUGGUGAGUUAAUGAGCACACUGUGUUUUUGUCCGAUUUGUAAAUUAACUACGAAACGUUUUAUUGGGUGUUGCAAUAUUUUUACAUGAGGGUUUAUUCUAAAUGAAAUUAUUAAGUGCAAAAUUGUAUAAACAAUGUAAUGUUAAAUGUUCCGAAAGUUUUGCAGUUUUUUCCUCUACCUCUAAGACUGUUGCAGGUUUUACGUUAUGUAAGUUUGACACGAAAUGUACUACUACUUUUUUAAUUGAAAAAAUGUAAACAUUUUUAUUGCUUAUAUAUGUUGUAAGUAAAUUUAUGUCAAAGAAUACAAAUAAAUUCAUUUAAAAUUA